UCUUACAUCCAUGGUCAAAGAUCUGCACAUGCUUUAUCCUUUCUAUGUUUAUCAUCGUGUCUUUCAGUUUCAUUCCAGGAAAUUUUCGAAAUAAACAGAGAACAUGCCAUUCGAGGUAUAAUGUUCCGGUAACAAAGGAACCGGCACUCAGCUUUUUCAAAAAUAAUUAAGACCAGAGCAUUUAGUUAGAAACUCACGCAAAAAUGGAUCCAAUGCUAUUAUUUCAAUCGGAAGUCCCUGUGAAGAGACUGAUGUUACUUCCAAGUACAAGUCGACGCUACGUACCUUUAGACAUGUCAGCUUUGAAAAGUGAAUUAAAUAAUGAACGUAGAAAAGAGAAAGGAACAGAUUACGUUACAGAAUAUGUCAAAGAAGAGGAGGAACGGCUGUUAGAGUCGGCUAAUACUAUACGAGCGGCUGUUGGAGAUAAUUCCUAUCACUUUGAUGCCGUGUCGACGGGCACUCUCCCUACAUUGGCCGAGAUUAAUUGCGAAGAAUUGACAAAAAUUUACAAAACAUAUAAUUUUGAGUACCGCCCAAAAAUUAACUUGACUAUAACUUCCAUGAAAGAUAAAAUCGUAUCGAUGAUCGAGACAAAUUCAGUCGUGAUAAUUCAGGGUCCUACUGGUUGUGGAAAGACAACUCAAGUUCCUCAGUUCGUUCUUAAUUCUUGCUUCAAGAAAAGGCAGCAUUGUAACAUUAUAGUUUGUCAACCCAGGCGUAUUGCAGCAAUUAGUAUAGCAAAGAGAGUAAGCGAAGAAAGGAAAUGGCCAAUCGGCUCGUUGGUUGGCUAUAAAGUUGGCAUGGUGAACAAUACCUCACACGAUACUCGAUUGACAUUCUGCACUACGGGUGUUCUUCUGCGCAAAUUGAUAAACACGAAGCAUAUGUUGGAUUUCACUCAUGUGAUACUAGAUGAAGUUCACGAGCGUAACCAGGAAAUGGAUUUCCUCUUACUGGUGGUUCGGAAAUUAUUGCGAACCAAUUCGCGCACAGUUAAAGUGAUACUUAUGUCUGCUACGUUUAAUGUGGGGAAGUUUUCCAAAUAUUUCUCAUCUCCUCUUAAAAAUAAGCUCAGUCCUGCACCGAUAAUUGACAUUGAGAAGAAGAGUUAUUUCAAUGUCAGUACUUACUACCUCUGCCAAAUGGCGCAACUAGGACCUUUACCAGAAGUACGAGCUGAGGAGCCCAAGGUGUCGGAGAGAAUGAUGAAUUUUUGUGUUAAUUUGAUCAUUGUUCUCGACGAAAUCGAUAUGCAAACGGAGGAUGAAGUUAAGAAAGAGGAUGGGUCUUUCCUUCGCCACGUGAUUCUGAUAUUCCUGCCAGGAAUUUACGAAAUAGAAGAGAUGUACAACAUCCUAACAUCCAGUAAAAACGAAGUCGCAAAGUGGGAUGUGAUUGUAUUACAUUCUUCUAUUACUAACGAAGAGCAACAGCGAAUAUUUGAAAAACCUCCCACUGGUUUUCGUCGUAUUAUUCUAUCGACGAAUAUUGCUGAAAGUAGUAUUACGGUACCAGAUGUUAAAUAUGUGAUCGAUUUUUGCCUUACGAAGCAACUCGUAACGGAUCCAAAGACCAAUUUCCAAAGUCUAGAAUUAGUUUGGGCAAGUAAAGCUAACUGUGUGCAACGAGCAGGACGUACCGGUCGGGUCAUGGAUGGAAGAGUUUACAGAUUAAUACCAAAAUCAUUCUUCGAGUCCGUGCUGCAAGAGGAAGCAUCACCAGAAAUCCUGAGAGCUCCUCUCGAGAACACAGUCCUCAACACGAAACUGCUCGACAUGGGUGAUCCAAAGUCGAUCCUAGCCCUUUCCUUGGAUCCUCCCGAUCUGAGCAACUUGGAACGGACCAUUUUAUCAUUAAAAGAGGCGGGAGCUCUCACAGAGAAACCUGGCGAAUUCAAGGAAUUGGACGGACAACUGACCGAUCUUGGGAAAGUGAUGGCCCACCUCCCGUUAGACAUUCACGUAUCGAAGCUGAUAAUUCUGGGGCAUGUGUUCAGCGUCCUCAGAGACACGAUCAUAAUAGGCGCCAGCAUGUCGGUAAAGAGUAUGUUCAGCACGCCCUUCCAAAACAAACUUCAAGCAUACAAUGCAAAACUUGUAUGGGCCGACAGAUCUUGCAGCGAUUGCAUAGCUUUCAUGAAUGCAUUUACCGUCUGGGCCCACGAGAAGGCCCGAGGUCGGCUGCACACAAACGCCCUCGAAAAAAGUUGGGCAAGCAGGCACUUCAUUCAAGUAAAGGUCCUGCGAGAAGUAAACGCCCUUGUCCAGGAAAUAACAUCCAGACUAAAGUCCCUCGGGAUCUGUGAAACCGUUGGAGUGAACAAGGUCGUAUGGGACGAAGUGCAAAAGCCCUUCGUCUUGAAAAUAGUGAUCGCAGGGGCAUUUUAUCCCCAUUACUUUGUCAGAAGUACGCAGGGUGGUCAACUGGACGAGCAGUCCGGGCUGAAGUUACUGGGUGGACUGGAUCCUGCCAAAACGGUUUACAUGACGGGGUGGCCAUUGAAUCACCCAGGAGUGGUCUACGCCAAACGCAUCCAGGACUACUUCAAAGACUGCUUGACUUCGCCCAUGGGGAAAAUCUCCGUUUCUUUCGACGGCUCGUCUCGGGUCUACGUCCAGUUCAAGAAGGGGGAAAGUUCCUCGCGGGUAAAGACCGGCCAAUCCGGGGAAAUCCCAGGAAAGGUCUCUCUGGAGGUUUACAAGGCUCUCAAGCUGAGGCAAUCCAACAUGCCGUUGACCGUCCCCAUCAUGGGAGAUAAGGAAGCACAGGACAGAAUGACGCAGCUUAAGCUGAAACCUUACGCGAAUAACUACUUCUUCGUGCAGAAUGGCUUCGAGGACGAUGCACCUGCCGAAAGAGUCUUGAGGCCAGUUUUGCCUACUCUUGACGUAUCGUGCAUUCCCUUGGUUAUAGUAGACUUCGAAAGCGUUUCCCAUUUUUGGGCGCAUAUAAAAGACGACACCAUCGUCACCCUGACGAAUAUGGAUCGCGCCCUCAACGAAAUAGACUGCUUGGCAGAAUUCGAUUAUCCCCCGGAGAUUGGGUCCUUCGUAAUCGCACCUCGACGGAAACACACCACCGACAAACCCUUGUUUAGCCGAGGAAUCGUUCAGAACUACAUAAUGCAAGGCCCACAAAAUAGAUUGGCUCAAGUGUUCUUCAUAGAUUAUGGUUACACCGAAAACGUGAGCACUUUCAACCUCCGGCACCUCCUGACUCAACGAGAAAUCGCAAAGAUUCCGGCACAAGCCCUAGAAUGUGUCCUGGCAGGAAUCCGGCCUUCCAUCUCUCGAAAUUUGUCGGACCAAUGGUCAGUUGCCGCGUGGAACACCUUGCAACACGCUAUCGCUGGUCAUCGGGUGUCUUUGUUCGGAGAAGUUUACUCGGUUGUCAACGGAGUGAUAGCUGUCACCUUAUACAGCCUUUACCCAGAGGGCGAGAAGAAAAAUCUUAACGAACUGCUGAUAGAGAAAGGACACGCCGAGCGUAAGGAAGAGGACUUCAUGUCGCGACAAAACCACGAGUUGAGGGAACAGCAGGCAGAUAUGACGCAAGAACAGAGAAGGAAGUACGAGGAGUUACAGUACGAUCAGACUUGCAUAUCGGAUAAGUAUGCAGACCCUCCGGAGCGAGAGAGCUGCAGGAGCGAGGUGACCCUGAAGGGUCCGUACUCUCCUCUCGAGAUCCGACUCCUCCACCUUACAUCGGCUGGCAGGACCAAGAGGAUCAACAUCGAGUGGAAUUCGGUCAACUCGAUACUCCUCGAUAACAACCCGGAGGACUCCCACGAACAACUCCUGGUAGCUGGGAGCGUUGGUCAAAGUAGUAACGGUACCAAUUUAAUGCUAAGAAAUACCACUCUGAUGCCGAACGUUCCCGGUCUGACCGCCAUCAUUUCUUUGGUGUUCGCCCCGAAAAUCGAACUCCGUCGAAACUCUAUGGGGACCGAUUACGUCGGAGCUCUGUGUGGCCUGGGUAGCCAUCCAGUUACAAAGACCAGUAUUUUUCCUGAACACGAUAUGACCGUCGCCUUCGACGUUGAGAUUACUAUCGACGACCUCCAAGACAUUAACAGACUGCGUCAUUGGAUGAACAUGGGGAUCCACACGAAUUCCGACAUCGAGAACAAAUGCGAGGAUCUCGAGGAAAUCGCCAUAUGCCAGAAUAAAAUUAAGGGUGUGCUAUUAAGAUUACUCGAGAGAAGAAGAGAAUCCCGGAAAUAUGAUCUGGGCCCGAACUUCGACAGAUGGAAUCGAUACGACGAGUCUCUGUUCCUUCCUCCUGGCAGAAUUGACGCCUCCAGCAGUGCCAUUUUCAAGUUGCACUAUGCUCUGGAACUGGAGGAAGCGAAUCCAGAACUCGAGGCAAUGACGGAACACGCCAGAGAGCUGCGAGUCCUAGCUUCUCAGAGCAUACGCGGCACGCCAGCAACCGAAGUGCACUGCAAGAUGUGCAACCAAAGUAUAUUCGGUGUGUUGAAACUUUUGUCUCAUUUGUAUUCGAAGGAACACAGAGAGAGGGAAAAGAUACUAAAUAUUCAUCUGGAAGAGGAGUGACAAGCUGUUCAAUCCGUACGUACUGUUGUUAAACAGUAUUUGUGAAUCAGGCAUUCCGAUUCACCCACGAAGGAAAGAUUAACCGUGUUAAUAGUCACAGUUAUCGUAAUCAUAUUAAGCUCGAGACAUUAAUUUCAUUUCAACUCGAGAGUUGAUUCGUUCACUGGGAAUAGGAACGAAUCGACUCUUGAGUCAUCGACACAUUAUUUCAUCAAAAGAUCAUUGUUUCGUUUGUUAUCGAUUUUAUCUCUCAACGUUGAAAGUAUUGAUGUAUUUUAGCAUUGAACCCUGAUGAGCUGUUGUUCAUUGUUAGCCUUUUCAAUUACUUCCUGACCACUAUUAGUGAGUUUAGUUCGUAUGAAUACAAUACUUAUUAAGUUUCAUUAAGUAAGACGAGCCGUGAAACGUAAUAUGAUCGACUAUCGAAGCUAUUCGAUAUCUAUAAAAAUACAGGGGGUAUUCAAAUUUACUAUUAUUACGCGAGAAAACAAGUACAACUUUAGACCGAUACAAUAGCAUUACGUUAGACAGUCUACUCCGACAAAUGUGUUGCGAAGCAUUGUACACCAAUGGGUGUAAAUUAUCGAAGACACUCAGUUACCCAUUUUCUUUUUUUAUAUAUCAUAGAUCAUCGUUCACUUAGAUACGUAUUAUUUUGGUAAUAAAAUCGUACGACGAAAUGUAUAAAAAAUUAAAUGUUUAAACCCCG